AUGCAGCAUCAAAGUUUAGUUCUUGAUUCUUAUUUUCAAUCACAUCUUCUUUUCACUAACAAUAAGAAUCAUCUUUCUUUUCAAUCAAGAAAUCUCCUGAAUCUGAUCAAGAAAGAACCAUCUCAAUUACCUUUACAUUUCAAUCUCACAUCGUCUUCUCAAAGGAAAAGAUCGAGAACUAAUGCAAUUGUUUGUGCAAGGAAGAGAAGGGGAACAAUUGGAUUAGGUAAAUCUGGGAAAACCCUAAUAGAGUCUGCUUUACGAAUUGCGACGAAUCUGAAUUUCUUUCCCGAACCAGUUAAUCUGAUCAUCAGAGAAGGGCUAAGGAGUAAAGGUGGUAAUGGGGGAGGAUUUGGUGGUUCUUGGAAUGGGUUUAGAGGAGGAGGUGGAGGAGGUGAUGGAUGGAGAAGGAAGAAGAUGAAUUUGGGGAUUCUCAAGUAUCUGUUUGGUGUUUGCGUUUUGGUGCUGUUAUUGGUUUUCAGGAAGGAAUCUCAAGGGUUGAGUGAUUUAGGAAUUUUUGGGAUUUUAGGGUUGUUUUUGUUGAGUGUUCUUGAAAGAGAUUGGAAGAGAGGGAUCAAAAGUUGGGGUUUUGGAUUCUGUACUUGUGCUGUUUUGAUGAGCUUGGGCUUCAACAGAGGAGAAGAUUUGCAGAAAUGGGUCAAGAGUUUUAGGGUUUCUUCUUCACCAUUCAUGGAGUUUGUAACAAGAAGAAAAAGGACAUGGACAAGAAGAAGAAGAGCAUUGUGA